AAAAUCACUGAGGCUUAUAUUCAGAAUAGUAAUCAAUGACGACGCCAAGAGUUAGCUAAACCCACGUAUGGCUAUCAUCAAAAACAACAAAUAUACAACACUCAAACAUAGCCUUAAAACGUUGUGAUCAUUACUCCGACACAUACGAAUGAACCGCCAUACUUAUUUAACGCUCGCUUUUUCACCUAACCAAAGCCCUAAUUAUUUUUUACGUAUAUGUCUAUAUAUACACAUCUCUCUCGUACUCUAUUUUCCGUCGACACCCAUUCUUUUAAUAUAAAGAUUACAUUUUCUUAUACAAUCCAUAGAAGAAAAACUCCAUGAGUUCUUCGAUCACAGUUUCACUUAUCUUCUUUCUCCUUUCACUCAGUUCAACUUCAUCGUUACCGUCUAAACGCAGCGGCUACGUCCAAAACGCAUGCAGCGUUACACACUACCAAAAGCUCUGCGUUCAAUCGCUAGCGCCGUUUUCAUCAGUCGCUAAGAACAGUCCCAGCAAAUGGGCACGUGCCGGCGUUUCAGUGGCCAUAUCCGACAACAAAGACGUCCUUAGGUCCCUUCUCAAAAUGCGACGUUCAGCGUUUGGGAAACGCGACCGAGUGGCUUUGUCGGAUUGUCGAGAGCUGCUCCAAGACUCUCUUGAUAAUCUUCACAAGUCCUUAGCCGUGCUCCGGACACUCAGAGCCGGCGAGUUUCAGGAGCAGAUGAGUGAUCUUGCCACAUGGCUUAGCACUGCUCUUACAGAUAAGGACACGUGUCUUGAUGGGUUUGAAAAGACGUCGGCGAAGUCAGCAAUGGUCAGGAUGAUCCGGAGGAGAGUCACGACGUCUAUGUAUAUGUCAAGCAUUUCCCUCGCACUGCUUAAUAAGCUAGCGGCUGAUGGUUUGUAAUCUAUUGAAAAAUGAAUUCUAUAAAGCACUAACUCACAUGCAUAUGUAAGAUCAUUAUUAAUAAAAGUGUUGUAUGGUUGGAUACUA